AGAUUAUGCACGAUGUGAUCCGGAAAGUGAAGAAGAAGGGUGAAUGGAAGGUGCUGGUGGUGGACCAGCUCAGCAUGCGCAUGCUGUCCUCCUGCUGCAAAAUGACCGACAUCAUGACAGAAGGCAUAACAAUUGUUGAAGAUAUCAACAAGCGCCGGGAGCCUCUCCCCAGCCUGGAGGCCGUCUAUCUCAUCACCCCCUCUGAGAAGUCCAUCCACUCUCUCAUCAAUGACUUCAAGGACCCCCCCACCUCCAAGUACAGAGCAGCCCACGUCUUCUUCACUGACUCCUGCCCUGAUGCCCUCUUCAAUGAGCUGGUGAAAUCCCGUGCUGCAAAGGUGAUCAAAACCCUGACAGAGAUCAACAUUGCCUUCCUCCCAUCUGAGUCGCAGGUUUACUCCCUGGAUUCUGCCGACUCCUUCCAAAGCUUUUACAGCCCCCACAAGGCUCAGAUGAAGAACCCGAUCCUGGAGCGCCUGGCGGAGCAGAUUGCCACACUGUGUGCCACGCUGAAGGAGUACCCAGCAGUGCGGUACAGAGGAGAUUACAAAGACAACGCCAUGCUGGCCCAGCUCAUCCAGGACAAGCUGGAUGCUUACAAGGCUGAUGACCCCACCAUGGGUGAGGGUCCGGACAAGGCUCGCUCCCAACUCCUCAUCUUGGACCGGGGCUUUGACCCUGUUUCUCCAGUGCUGCAUGAACUGACCUUCCAGGCGAUGAGCUACGACCUGCUGCCCAUCGAGAACGACGUCUACAAGUAUGAGACAAGUGGCAUUGGAGAAGCCCGGGUGAAGGAGGUUCUCCUGGAUGAGGAUGAUGAUCUCUGGGUUACCUUGCGUCACAAACACAUUGCAGAGGUGUCCCAGGAGGUGACCCGAUCCCUGAAGGAAUUUUCUUCAAGCAAGAGGAUGAACACGGGCGACAAGACCACCAUGAGAGACCUCUCCCAGAUGCUGAAGAAGAUGCCACAGUACCAGAAGGAGCUCAGCAAGUACUCAACUCACCUGCACCUGGCUGAAGACUGCAUGAAGCACUACCAAGGCACAGUGGAUAAGCUCUGCCGAGUUGAACAGGACCUGGCCAUGGGCACCGAUGCUGAAGGUGAGAAGAUCAAGGACCCCAUGAGGGCCAUUGUCCCCAUCCUGCUGGAUGGGAAUGUCAGCACCUAUGACAAGAUCCGCAUCAUCUUGCUCUACAUCUUCCUGAAGAAUGGUAUCACUGAGGAAAACCUGAACAAGUUGAUCCAGCAUGCUCAGAUCCCUGCGGAGGACAGCGAGAUCAUCACCAACAUGGCCCACCUUGGGGUGCCCAUCAUCACAGAUUCCACCCUGCGCCGCCGGAGCAAGCCAGAGCGGAAGGAGAGGAUCAGCGAGCAGACCUACCAGCUCUCCCGAUGGACCCCUGUUAUUAAGGACAUCAUGGAGGACGCUAUCGAUGACAAGCUGGACACCAAGCAUUACCCUUACAUCUCCACCCGCUCCUCCGCCUCCUUCAGCACCACGGCCGUCAGGGCCGACAAGCUUCUGGCCGAGGCUUGUGCCAUCGGGCCGAACGCCCGCAGGAAUAUCACCUUUAGCAUCCAGCCCCUACCUGCCUGGAGGGACUGCCUCCUUCUGCAGCUGACCCAGCCCUCCAGCUGGUCCCUCUCCGCCGUCACGGCCUGCCGCGGCGAUGGCAGAGGUUCUACUCACAUUCUCACUCCCACCAAAUUUCUCAUGGACCUGAGGCACCCCGACUUCAGGGACUCCACUAGGGUCUCAUUUGAGGAUCAGGCUCCAGCAAUGGAGUGA